GCUCGGCGCUUUGAGGUUUUUGCGGGCUCGCGCUCUGUUCAUUCCGCUUAUAUAAAGUUGAUAGGCGCUACGGGCGUGGACGCGCUGAACCAUAGGUUUAUGAGGGCUUUUCCCCUCCUCUCUCGUUCGCUCCUUCGUCAGGUUACGUGUGCGCUGUGAUGUUAAGUGUUUAAUGUGGGGUAGAUAGGAUAGCUGGGAGUGGGAAGGCAGAAUUCCGCCUGAGUGGUGUUUGUGCGUGUUGACUGUGCGCUCCUCGGCGUGUGAGUGCACGCGCGGCAUUGGGCUAACGUCUGAAUGUAACUGUCGCAGGCUUUGAAGGCAUUCGCGCGCGAGACUAUCGAUCUGUCGUGAAGGUGCCUAGCGGCAACUUUGAGUGAAGAGCUCCCUGCCUGCUGCGUGUGUGAGUGUGUGUGGAUUUCUAAUGUCAUUCGGUUGAUGGAGCGUCGCAGGCCUCCUGUUUGCCGUUUGCCGAGUGCAACUUUUUAAAUUCGUGACAUAAUUAUAUUGCGUUGGUCCGUCGCGUGCGCCUUCUUCACCAUUUCCGUUUCUGUUGAGUAACUGCGCUCGAGCCGCACGCUUCUCCUGCUCACCACUUCGGCGGCUCGACAUACCGUCGCUUUUUUUUUUUGUAAUAUUGUUUUCUGUCUUUUAAAAUCGUGGUCGGGCAUCGAGCUGGUAGUUUACUCGGAGCCAUGGGCUGUACGGUGAGCGCCGAGGACAAGGCGGCCGCCGAGAGGUCGAAAAUGAUCGACAAAAACCUCCGUGAAGAUGGCGAGAAAGCGGCGAGAGAGGUGAAACUGCUUCUGCUCGGUGCAGGGGAAUCUGGAAAGAGCACCAUUGUGAAGCAGAUGAAAAUCAUUCAUGAAGACGGCUACUCGGAAGACGAAUGUAAGCAGUACAGAGCUGUUGUGUACAGCAACACCAUCCAGUCUAUAAUGGCCAUCAUCAAAGCCAUGAGCAACCUCAAGAUUGAUUAUGGAGAUUCAGCGAGAUCGGAUGAUGCAAAGCAGCUCUUUGCACUCUCUGCCGCAGCAGAAGAGCAGGGAAUCCUCCCAGACGAUUUGGCCAACGUGAUCCGCAGACUGUGGGCUGACAGCGGGGUGCAGGGCUGCUUCAGUCGCUCCAGAGAGUACCAGCUUAAUGACUCGGCUGCCUAUUAUCUGAAUGAUCUUGAGAGGAUAGCACGAGCAGACUACAUUCCCACCCAACAGGACGUGUUGAGGACCAGAGUGAAAACUACCGGCAUCGUCGAGACACACUUCACUUUCAAGGACCUGCACUUCAAGAUGUUUGAUGUUGGAGGGCAGAGGUCUGAGAGGAAGAAAUGGAUCCACUGCUUUGAAGGAGUGACUGCCAUCAUCUUCUGUGUGGCUCUAAGUGCCUACGACCUGAUGCUGGCUGAGGAUGAAGAGAUGAAUCGUAUGCAUGAGAGCAUGAAGCUCUUUGACUCCAUCUGCAACAAUAAAUGGUUCACAGAGACCUCUAUCAUCCUCUUUCUCAAUAAGAAGGAUCUGUUUGAGGAGAAGAUCACACGCAGCCCUCUGACCAUCUGCUUUCCUGAGUAUACAGGAGCCAACAAAUAUGACGAAGCAGCAAGCUACAUCCAGACCAAGUUUGAGGAUCUGAACAAGAAAAAGGAUACAAAAGAGAUCUACACCCACUUUACCUGCGCCACCGACACCAAGAACGUGCAGUUUGUGUUUGAUGCCGUCACCGAUGUCAUCAUCAAAAACAACCUGAAGGACUGUGGGCUUUUCUAAUGACAGUCAGGGAAUAUGCCAAGGAAGAGCUCAGCUGUGUGUUGCACCUGCAUUAGCACUGGGCAUCACAAUGCCAGACUGCCUACAGCCAUCCAGACAAAAGCUGAAUUUUCAUCUAAUACCUUUUGGGGAGAGGGAGGGGGGCAAGAGCCACAGCAAAGAGAAUAUAUAGGUUGCAUAAUCCCACAAGUCACCUAAUUUUUUUUUUUUUUUUUUUUUGUAAAUAUUAUGAGGUUAUUUUCUUUAGAUUUAAAAAGGCAACAAAUCGUUUCUGAUGUUUGUCUUUCCUCCUUGACUUUUGUUUUUGAGUACGACAGCGCAAAAGAAGAGAAUGGGGGGAGAAAUAUUUGAUAAAUAAAAUUUCUUUUUCUUUAACAAAUGUGUGAAUCUUAAUAAACGUUCCUGUGUAAUGUCUUUUGUAAAAGCUAUGUAAGCACAGAUCGGGAUCAGUUCAACUUUUGCUUUGGUCUUAUUUUCCCCCCCUACUAGUUACACAUGGAUUCCACAUUCCUGGCUAAGCUGUAUGAUGUGCUGUGUGAUGGACCACAUUUAAAAUGAAUGAUGAUAAUGAAAUAAAAAGAACCAAUAGCUUGCUCUGGUUCAGCCACAGCGCGACACGCUCUCAGUAAUUUGUCUUAACACGUUUAACAUUCUCAAAUCCUAGCUUCACUUUGCUCAGCACUGUACAACUGUGACUAAUAUGUAAGAUGCAUAACUAUGUCUUCGCUCGUCCCUUUGUGUUCCUGCCCCAACUCUUUUAUUCUGUUUUGUGCCUUGACUUCUGUUGUUUCCCCACAUUGUCUGUAGAGUUUAGAGCAAUUUCAGUUUGCGGUAUCUAAUGAAGAUUUUAAACAUGAGGUUUGUGCUUUUAGCAGACAAUAAAAAAACGUGACCGCCAUCUGAUUAAUAUAAAAAUGCCAUGAAAUGUUUUAUUGAAAAUAAAACUUGAUUUCACAACUGUGAA